AUGGCAGGAAUUCGAUAUACGAGAUGUAGAUAUAUUAUGAGUCGAAUUCAAGCGUUGGCUCAAAUCGGAACUAAAAUUCUUCGGGAUAAAUAUGGAAAGUCAAGUCUAUCGUCAGAAAAAGAAGUUAAUCCAGCUGAUGCAACAUUGGCGGGUAUAGCAAAUGAAGUGAAGAUUACCUGUCCAGGCUGUACAGAAAAACAAUGCUGGGAGCCAAAUUAA